UCGGGUCACGUAUGUUUUGGGGUCACUGUCAAGAGCGCGUUGUGUCCACGUCGUUUGCUGUGUGCACCCUUACAAACAGCAGUUAUGUCAGCGAUGGACAAAUAUGCAUUGCAAAUGAGAAGCGGAAGGGUAAUGCCUGCAGUUGGACUUGGGACGUUAGCCCCCAAAGAGUCUGAAGAAGAUGUGAUUGCUGCCGUGAAGACUGCUGUCCGUGCAGGCUACCGCCACAUUGACUGUGCGGCCAUCUAUCGGAACGAACGUGCAGUGGGACACGCCAUCAAGCAGUUGAUAGUAGAGGGCAUUGUCCGCCGAGAAGAUCUCUUCAUCACGAGUAAGUUAUGGAAUACCUGUCAUCGAGCAGAUCUGGUAGGUCCGAGUCUCCGCAAGUCCCUGGAGGAUCUUGGGUUGAAGUACUUGGACCUGUACUUGAUGCACUGGCCGGUAGCAUACAAGGAGGGUGGAGCCUUCCACCCCUGGGAUGGGGACACAGGAAAGGUUCUGUUUUCUGAUGUGGAUUACCUGGAGACGUGGAAGGCACUAGAAGACUGUGUAGAUGAGGGUCUGACACUGGACAUCGGGAUGUCCAACUUCAACAGCAAGCAGCUGCAGAGAAUCUUGACUGAAGCCAGAAUACAGCCCAGUAUGAACCAGCUUGAAGUGAAUUGUCAUAAUACCAACAGGAAGCUGAUAGAGUUCUGUCAGUCACAGGGAGUUCCUGUUGUGGCGUUUGCACCUCUUGGAACUCCUAGCAGCAGCCCGUCCGACAAGAAAGUCUCUCUGCUUGAUGAACCUGUUGUGAAAGAAAUUGCUUCAACGAAAAACCGGUCACCUGGUCAGGUGUGUCUAAGAUUUCUCAUACAGCUUGGGAUCGGAGUUGUGCCGAAAAGUGUCAAUGCAGCUCGGAUAGCACAAAACAUUCAGAUCUUUGACUUUGACUUAUCUGAAGAGGAAAUGCAGAAACUUUCAUCACUGAACAUCAACUACAGAACAUAUGCAGAGGACAUAGCCACAGAACACAAGUAUUACCCGUUUCAUGAGGAGUUUUAGUGAAGCAGGGGAGACAACUCUACCAAGCUUGGAAACCUUUUCAACCAUAUUCCCCAAACAAGUAUUUCCAUGUGAUCAUGCAUGACAUGAAGGCUGCUGCACAGUAGCACAGUCGCAAUUAUUCCAGCAUUCUCACAAAGCAGACAAUCCGGUGAUUUAAGGAUGACAAACAGACCCUGUCAACAUCGUGUGAAGACACACUUCAAGGCUAAAUGAGAAGCUAUGAGUGUGUGAAGACAAGCUAUCAUAGCGUGAAGACAAACUAUCAUAGCGUGAAGACAAACUAUCAUAGCGUGAAGAGAAACUAUCAUAGUCUGAAGACAAGUUAUGUUAGUGUGAAGACAAACUAUAAUAGCAUGAAGACAGCUAUCAGGGCAUGAUGACAUGCUAUCAACCAAAACACAAAGUCUGACCCCAGAUCCAGUUCAGUCUACCAAGUGAUGUCAUUGGUCUGGGGACCUGCUUUAACCCAGUACUAGGGACUGCUUUAACCCAGUACUAGGGACUGCUUUAACCCGCUGCUUUAACCCAGUACUAGGGGCUGCUUUAACCCCAGUACUAGGACUGCU